CAGAUACCGGACUGAUAGCAAUCUUAUGCCCUCAACUCAAAAUCCCAACGAGGCGGAGUCGAAGAGCUACAAGGAAAAUUUGAGCACAACUUAUCGAAGAAUGAGGCGCGAACGACCUGUUGCGUACGAUAACCUCUUGGGCGUUUCUCUCGCUGCUCCCGUUCGACUACAGCUCUGGUUGGACUAUAACAGGACAAUGAUUAAUGAAAGGUCAAAUCCUCAGUGUGUACAUUGGACUACGGUUAGGGGAUGGGGCGAAUGGUCUCGUGUCGGUUGUCGAACAGAACUCGAUGAUAAUUGGUUUGACAGAAGCGAUUAUUCGCCUAUCACUGUUAACUGCACGUGCCACUACCUUGGAACUUUCGCUAUAUUGGUGGACAUCGUCGAUUUGGAGUAUGUCCCAGAGCCUUCUCUAUUAGAGGAUGUAUCCAGUUACAGCUGUUUUGCGAUAUCACUACCUUUGUUAUUUGGUACUUACUUAACUCUGGCUCUUAUUCGAGGACUACAAACGAACUCGAAUACUAUACGAAAGCAUUUAGUGCUCUGCGUUUUUCUUGCAGAGUUGCUAUAUUUCUUAGCUUUAAAAGCUAGGAGGCCUAUGGUGGCAAAUGAGUUUAUCAUUUUUCAGUUUUACUGUAAGGUUUGUGCAAUCAGCUUGCAUUACCUUUGGUUGGCAGCAUUCAGCUGGAUGUUAGUGGAUGCUAUCCAUUUAUAUCGAAUGUUGACAGAGAUGAGAGACAUCAACCAUGGACCGAUGAGAUUUUAUUACAGCAUAGGCUAUGCCCUACCAUCGCUUAUUGUGGGACUGUCUGUUGGUGUUAGAGCUCAUCAGUAUGGCAACUAUUAUUUCUGCUGGGUUUCAUUGUAUGAGAGCGUUGUAUGGAGUUUAGUAGGACCAAUUUGUAUCUUAGUUGGUAUCAACUUCAUCGUGUUGAUUUCCUCCAUACGAGCUGCCUUUACAUUGCAAGAUCAUGUACUCGGAUUCGGUAAUUUAAGAACUCUGCUGUGGGUGUCAGUGGUAUCUCUGCCCCUAUUGGGCGCGACUUGGACUCUAGCACUGUUGGACGCUUCGGAACGUCACCCCCUCCUAACGCCAAUGUUGUCUGUCGCUGUAUUGGUGCACGCCGGAUUCUCAUUGGCCGGGUAUUGUUUCGCCAAUAAUCGGGUGAGACAAAAUUUAUUUAGAUCAAUCAUGAGGUGCAUAGGAAAGAAGGCUCCCUUACUCGACACUGGAUCCGCAAUUGGCGCUCCGAGUACCAGCAGUCAAAACGUCAGUCACGCCACGCCGCAUUCGCGUUCUGCACUGGCCUAUCAUUCAAGUUUGGACACGAAUAGGCGAACUUUAGGAAUUUCUACGUCUAGCACUACUUCCAGAUCGACUACUAAAACUAGCUCGAGUCCAUACAGG